AUGCCUAACAUAUUCAGCCACAACAAAGCCAGUGCGGCCUAUCACUCCCUGCCCUCGAUCGACAUGGAGAAAGACCAGCAAGACAGCCGUUCCAGCCAGGAGUCUGACCACCCCCUGAUGAAUGAUGAGCUGGUGUCGAAGAAAAAGCAAUCUAGAGUCCGCAAACUGCUGCUGUCUUGUAGAUCGGCGAUGAAAAGCCCAUCUUUUAUGGUCAACUUCAUGCUAUUUCAAGUGGGAGUAGGGAGCCUUUUCCUGGCUUGGCAGCACUCUCAUGGCUUCAACGCUGCCCACAAAGACAUUGCUAUGUAUUCACCUCUCCUAAAUCGAAUCGAGAUUCCCAUGGUGCUGCGAAAGAGCUACGCACAGUAUGGCAUGGGCGGCCCCGAGAUCUGGCGCGCCGAGCCCAGUGACGAAGUCGACAAAGCCUGGGAGCGGGUGACAGCCGAGUAUCUCAUCCCAGUGAAAGAGUCGGACAUUGCCGCCAUGAGAAAAGAUCCUUCUGUCGUUGUGUCCAUGCCAGAUAAUUACAAGAUUGACGGCGAACCUACGUACAUGGCGAAGUCCGCAAUGUAUCACAAUAUUCACUGUCUUGAUUAUCUACGCAAGGCCAUUUAUUCUGAUUAUUACUAUCCGAAUGGCACCGAUGACAACCCCUUCCAUGCCUAUCACACUGCACACUGCGUCAUGAUUUUGUUUGAACAUCUGACUUGUUCGGGAGAUCCUGGAGUUUAUCUUUUUCGCUGGAUGGAAGAAUUCAACCGCCCGAUAGCCGAUACAAACAUCUGGCGAAAGUGCUGGGACUUCGAAACCAUACUGGAAGAGCACAAUGAAAUGGCUGUAAAAGACAUGGUAGAGACUGACGUCAGAAAGCCCCAUGGCGUGAAGACUGUACCAGCUCCGGAAGGCGUCAUGAACAUCAUUCGAAAUUAUCAGAAGACACACCCGGAUUACAACCCUGGACAGUGA